CGUCGACACGUCGCCGUCUCCUCACAUCACCUCGCCUCUCCUCUCGAAAGGCUCGACUUUUUGAGGCCAGCUCCCCUUAGCUUCCCUAGCUCACGCUGCCUGCAACAUUGUAUGGCCGAGUAGAUCAAUCGCCAGGGCGAACUUGCGCAGCGGGAUUCGCGAAUCGAAUCGCCAACAACGUCCCAGGAGCUCCCUUCGGCUUCUUUCUUUUUUUCGGUUUCCACUACUUGGAUUCAAUUUGCGCGCGAUGCGGUUCUGAAUAGCUGGCGGGAAUAGCUAGGUUUGGUUGUUCUUGAGGCAACGAUCUGAGGUUAACGAGAGAGAGUCCCCUCCCUCCCUCCGCGCCGCAAAUGCGGCCUCCCACGACGAAGCUGCCGCUCGCGGCGCUGUUGCUUGCGUCCCUCGUAGCCCUCUCCCUGUCCGCGUCUACCGUCGUCCCUCCUCUAAAGAUCGAAGUCACGAAGCCGGCGUCCUGCACCCGGAAAACACACAGCGGAGACAGGAUAUCCGUCCAUUAUAACGGCACCCAUGCGACGGACGGCACAUCCUUCGACUCGAGCUACAAAGGCGGCGUGCCCUUUACCUUCACCUUGGGAGCUGGAGACGUAAUCAAAGGAUGGGAUCAGGGGUUACUGGAUAUGUGUAUAGGAGAAGGGAGAAGGUUGGUAAUACCGCCACAUUUGGCGUAUGGGGAUAGUGGAAGCGGGCCGAUCAAGGGAGGUGAGACGCUGGUGUUUGAGACGGAACUUGUUGCGAUUGCGGGCGUGAAGCCGGAGGUGGAGGAUAUACCACCAGUUCCGCCGAGACCGACGAUUGUGGACGUGCCGCCUGUACCACCGAGGCCUACCAUUGUGAGACCUGAUGAUGAGGGCUCGACGGAGGAUGUGGCAGUUGAGGCUCCCAAGCCGGCCUCAUCUCUAUCGCAGUCCGGCGCUGCCGAUGGACCUCCAACGACAGCAGAGAAUGCCGGUGAAACGGCGCAAAAGCCAGAAACACAAGGCAGUCCGCUGGCGAACAACGACAACGAGUGCCAUCUGUUGGGCCCCUACGCGCUCUUCGUCCAAGGCGCUCUGGGCCUGCUCGCAGUCACUUCGCUCGUCGUCAAGCGGUGGCGGGAACAUCCCCGUCGACCCCUGAAGAUUUGGUUCUUCGAUGUGUCCAAGCAAGUCGUCGGCUCUGCAAUGCUCCAUCUCGCCAAUCUGUUCAUGUCGAUGCUGUCAUCAGGUAGCUUCGAUGUUGCUACCACGACGCCAGCGGUGGACGAUGGCGACCAGCCUAACCCCUGUUCCUUCUAUCUCCUGAACAUUUUUAUCGACACCACAAUCGGCAUCCCCAUCCUGGUCCUCUUCCUCAAAAUCUUCCACCACCUCUUCCUCCUCACCCCGCUCGCCAAACCGCCCUCGUCCAUCCGCAGCGGCAACUAUGGACACCCGCCGCGCAUCACGUGGUGGCUAAAGCAGUGCCUCAUCUAUUUCCUCGGCCUCUUCUGCAUGAAGCUGUGCGUCUUCUUCCUGUUCCAGCUGCUGCCCUGGAUCGCCUGGGUGGGAGACUGGGCGCUCCGGUGGACCGAGGGCAACGAGGCGGUGCAGAUUACGUUUGUCAUGUUUGUGUUUCCGGUGGUGAUGAAUGCGGUGCAGUACUGGAUCAUUGAUGGGUUUAUCAAGGACCGGGAGGAUUAUGGGGCAGAGGGUGCGACGGGACGAAGGGAGGGGUACGUGGGUGUUGGACAUGGGAAUGAGGCGGAUGGGGAGGAGAGUGGGUUUGGGGAGGAGGGGGAUGAUGAAGCGUGGUUGGAUAGGCAUAGGAGCGAGAGGAGGACGAGUAGAGGCGGGGUGGGGGAUGAGGAGAGGCAGCUGCUCACCGAGGCGAAUCCGACACCUGUGCCGGUUCGGAAGGGGAGUAGUGGGAAGGCCAAGGCGAAGGAGAGGGAGAGGGAGUAUGAUCCUGGGGUUGAUGGGGAGGGGAGUACAUAAUAUGUAUAGAGGGAGGAGGCGGGAUUGUAUAUGGCGUAGGGUUCGUAUUGAGAGGAAUGUAUCGUAUUGUUCG